UGCGCCGCAACUUGGAAGUCUCAAGAAAGAGAGAGAGAGGGGGUAGCAUACUUCACUGAGGCGGAGGUCUUCCGUGUAGAGAGGGAAACGAGAGCAUCGCGAUGGCGUCGCCGUCGACGGAGGCGGAGAAGAACGCCAGCUCCGCCGCCGCGCCGGCGCGGUGCCAGCGGAUAGGCUGCGACGCCAUGUUCACCGACGACAGCAACCCCGACGGCUCCUGCCACUACCACCCCUCCGGACCUAUAUUUCAUGAUGGCAUGAAAGAAUGGAGUUGUUGUAAGCAAAGAAGCCAUGAUUUUAGCCUAUUUUUGGCUAUUCCUGGGUGCAAAACUGGGAAGCAUACAACUGAAAAACCAAUCACAAAAGCUGUUUCUACUAACCCACCAAAGGCAGUUCCAGUCCAGACUUCAAAACAGGGUGUGGGAGCUGACACUUGUGCAAGGUGCCGUCAAGGUUUCUUUUGCUCCGACCAUGGAUCACAGCCCAAAGCACAAAAGUCAUCAGUUACAAAUGAUACAAACGUGGUUCCUGUUGAGAAACCUGCGGUUCCACCACCAAAGAAAAAAAUUGAUUUGAGUGAGCCUAGGAUUUGCAAGAACAAAGGAUGUGGUAAAACCUACAAGGAGAAGGAUAACCAUGAUACUGCAUGCGAUUACCAUCCAGGUCCUGCAGUUUUUCAUGACAGGAUGAGAGGGUGGAAAUGUUGUGAUAUUCAUGUCAAGGAAUUUGAUGAGUUUAUGGAGAUCCCUCCAUGCACAAAGGGUUGGCACAAUGCUGAUGCUGCAUGAAUUCUUGCAAUAAGAACCCUGUUAAGCAUAAGUUCUCUUGUAUCUCGUGGUGCAUAAGAUAGGCAUGUUGCCGCAAUUUAUGCAGAAUUUUACUUGGAGUUGAGAAGUGUGGCAAAAUAUUGAGAAUUUUACACGGACCUCCGAGUGACUGCUGCGAAAUCUUAUGUGACGUUUCAUUUUUUAUUCUGAAACCGGUACUUGAAAUUGUGUGGAGACUUGAUCGGGUCUGUCUUCUAGAUGGUCUCGUUUAUCCAUUUUUUUUAUAGUAGAACAAUCAAAUACUCCAUCUAAAUGCU